UACGCCAAUUUAGAGCUGUUUAGUCUUAUAAACUUAGCUGCAAAUACAUCAUGGAAUUAAAUUCACCGGGACUCAACUCGACGUCUCUGGAAACAUCCACAGCGCCUCACAUCGUAUUUCUGAUCCUCUUUUGUGUCGUUUCUUUCGCUGGCAGUUUUUUAAUCAUCUUAGUCCUGCUCCACCACAGCAAGUACCGCUCUGUGCAGAACGUCAUGAUCGCCAACCUCUGCGCCCUGAGCAUCGUCGACUGCGUGUUCAACAUGGCGCUUGUGCUGGGAUCUCUGGCCAGCGGCGACUGGAUCUACGGAGCUUACAUGUGUAAGGUCAACAAUUUCUUCAUGAACAUCGCCAUCAUCCACACGAUGGUGAUGCUGGCGGCCCUCAGCGUUGACCGGUACUGCGUCAUCAAGUUCUCGCACAGGUACGAACUCUGGCUCCGCUCGUGUAAGCUUCGAACUCUGAUCGCUUGUGUCUGGGUCCACGCGUUGGCUUUCGGCUUACCGUUUCUGACGGACGUUGUCGAGUCCUCGUAUGUCCCUCACAUCCACAUGUGCACCUUGACAGGCAGGACGUCCCUGUGGUUUCUGCACAUCUCCCUCGUGACCUGCUACAUUGGACCACUCGCCACUACCCUCAUCUUUCAGCUCCUCUCUUGUAGGCUCUCCGUUAAACUGGGAUAUGCACGAAAAAACGAAAAACACCUAAACGAUUAUACCCAAAUCGUCAGCAAAACCCCGGAAAUGUUCAACUACAACUCGCAUUCUUUUAUUACUUUACUAACAGCGGCGUGGUUUCUACUCGAAGCGCCUUUUAUUGUGGUUUUAUAUGUUUACAUGUACGAGGAAAGCAAGGGUCAAGGACAACCUUUUAUCAUCCCGUGGGACCUCGCGUCAGCUUUCAUCUGGAUGAGAUUUGCCUUCUCGGCUGCGUGUCCCGUGAUCACCUUCCUAUGCAAGAAAGAGCUCUGGCAGGGCACUAAAGAAUGGUUUCUGUGUCGCAGGAACAACUCAGUGGUGGACAUGCACUCGGCCAGCGCCUCGUCUGACGUCAGUUUACAGAAGGACUUCUCUAAAAGCGCCGAGAGGAGCUUCUCCACGCCGAAGAGCUCGAAGCCGCAAGAGAGUUCCGAGAUGCAAAAACCUCUUCCGUUUAACGUGCCUGUUCUCUUCGCCACCUCGACUGGGAUUUGCAUUGAAGAUCCCGACUAUCGACAACUGGAUACCGAAAUGGUUCAAACCACUUGCAUCGUCGAUCAUUUGAAAGGUAAAACAUUAGAUAUAGUCUAUUUGGAAUACGAAUACGCGGAUGAGCUUGUUGGGGAGACUAGUGAUUACGAUUCAAGUUGCGAAGUCGAUCCUUACUGUUCAUCCCAGCCGGUUUCUGCCCGGCAAAUUCACGGAAUAUUCCGCCGCUCGCGGUCUAUGUCUGAGCCGGAGAUUAAACCUCGAGUCUACGACAAUAAAACAAAAGCUGAUGGUGGGAAUCUUUCUGGAACAUUCUGUGCUGAUUCAGGGCUGGAUCUCACCAGCACGUCCGCCUCCGCUGCUUCAACUCAGUCGUCUGGUAAAUCUGUAAAAAGAAACGCAACAGAAUACCAACACGUGCAGCCUCGAUCUGACGAGACUCGACCCACAUCAGAUACAAAUAACUCAGGCGCAUGCGUGGGAAUUCCCAAAGUUAGACAAGAUGACGUAAAAACUUCAAACACUACCCAUUCUCCACAAGUUAACAAAAUAAGAAUAGAGACACCUAGAAGAGCUGGAAAUAGAUCCCACGUCAACUUAUACCAAACCCCAAAGAACUCUGAUCAUGCGAAGAUUCGUUCCAAUCCACAGCACAUACAAUCUGUGCAUAUUUCUCGUAGUGGGCUCAGGGGAGUUAAUGCAACAGAUACCCCUACUCUAAAUGAUGGAUCGAUAACAGAUCUAUAACAGGAAAUUAUCUCAGAUUAUGUCGCGUUUGUCUAAACGUAGCGGCUUGAUUAAACAGGCGAAUCCAUUAGCAAGCAAACAUACAAGGCAAAGUUACAGAUAUGACGAAUGCGGGUAAAAUGGUUAUCGUCGCUGGAAUUUGCACAAACUUGAAUUAUUUGCCCUUUUUUUUGUCGAGAUGUGUUUGCGAUGUUAAUAAUAACCUGUGGUUUAGAGACCAGUUGAGUUUGUUAUGUUAAUAAUAACCGCUGGUUUAUAGACCACUUGUGUUUGUUAUGUUAAUAAUAACCAUUGGUUUAUAUGCCAGGUGUGU